AUGGAUCCAGCCAAGUCUCGGCGAAAGGACACCCCAGCCCCCAGCAUCCCAAAACCCGCUGUAGGCCACCACAGCCCCCGGUAUUCCGAAACCCGCUGUAGGCCACCCCAGCCCCCGGCAUCCCAAAACCCGCUGCAGGCCACCACAGCCCCCAGCGUCCCGAAACCCUCUGACACCUCAGCCCCCGGCAUCCUGAAACCCGCUGCAGGCCACCGAGCUAACCGUCCACCAAGCUCAUUGUCCACCGUGCUCACCGUACGCCAUGCCCACUGUCCACCAUGCUCACCGUCCACCACGCCCACUGUCCACCAUGCUCACCGUCCACCGAGCUCACCGUCCACCAUGCUCACCGUCCACCAUGCCCACCGUCCACCAUGCUCACCGUCCACCAUGCUCACCGUCCACCAUGCUCACCGUCCACCAUGCUCACCGUCCACCGAGCUCACUGUCCACCAUGCUCACCGUCCACCAUGCUCACCGUCCACCAUGCUCACCGUCCACCAUGCCCACUGUCCACCAUGCUCACCGUCCACCAUGCUCACCGUCCACCAUGCUCACCGUCCACCAUGCUCAGUGUCCACCGAGCUCACCGUCCACCAAGCUCACCGUCCACCAAGCUCACCGUCCACCAUGCUCACCGUCCACCAUGCCCACCGUCCACCAUGCUCACCGUCCACCAUGCUCACCGUCCACCAUGCUCACCGUCCACCGAGCUCACCGUCCACACCUGCCAACGGGCCAGAGAAGUGA